CUUCCUCUCCGUUGUUUACGUUUAUCCAACAACAUGGAGGACGAGGUGGAUGUUGACAUCGAGGGGGACGAGUUUGAGAGCAAUAUUAGUGAGCUGGACGGAGGAGGGCUAGUUCAGGAGCGGUUCGUACAGUCCGGCUGGAAGAGCAGCGCGGGGAUACUGCCAUGGCAACUGGACAGCUCCAUCAGCCCGGAGAACAGGGAGGUGAUCGAGAGGAUGCUGCUGGAGGAACAAUACUACCUGACAGGUGAGGGGAUUCCUAACCAAAUUUGGGAAAGUGAUGCAGACAACAAGCCCAAAGUGAAGAAGUCUCCGGCCAAGACGCCGGCCUCGUCCUCCAGCUCCUCCUCUCGUUGGUCCAAAGAGGAGAAAGACCUGUUUGAGGAAGGACUGGCUCAGUUUGGUCGGAGGUGGACAAAGAUUGCCAAGUUGGUGGGCAGCCGCUCCGUUCUUCAGGUCAAGAGUUAUGCCAGACAGUAUUUCAAACACAAGACUACAUCUGAACCCACAGCUGCAGCUCCCUCUGCAGGUCCGGCGCUGCACUUACAACCUCCUCAGCCCACCUCCAGUCAAGCCCUCACUCUGACAAACGCCGUCCGCAUAGAGAAGCUCUCGGAUGAAGAGGACGAGGAGGUGGACAUCACCGAUGACGUGAGCGCCGACGACGGAGACGACGGCGGUGACGAUAAACCGCCGGCCGAGCUCAGAUCUGACCUCUGUGAGCCAGAGCGGCUAAAGACCGACGAGAUCCAGACCGACGCAGAGGAGCAGAAAGAGGCAGGUGGGACUGAGACGAAGGACCAAGACAACCACACCUCGCCGUCUCCGCAAAGUCCCCGACCCUCGUCUUCCCUCCCUCCCUCAGAGGAAACUGGCAUGACUGGGCUGGUUGAGAAAAGCAACGAGAAAGCGCCUCUCCCUCCAAAAAACCUUCAGACAGCAGCCCAGAGAGACUCGGAGCAAAUGACUGAUGACAACGAGGACCAGAGCUCCCAGUCUGAGAGCCCGGCACAGACUGGUCAACUGGAGGAGGCUUCUAGUGAUGACACAGAUUCUGCUGAGAAGACUGAGCAGAGUGCAGCUGAUGGGCAAGAAGAAGACCAUGAGGAGGAGGAGGAGGAAGAGGAGGAGCUUAGGGUGCCUGAGCAGGAAGUAGAGAUGGACGUGGAUGCCAUCACUGAGGAAGAGAAACAAGCUAUCCCAGAGUUCUUUGAGGGACGGUCGUCCAAGACCCCUGAAAGAUACCUUAAGAUCCGAAACUACAUCCUGGAUCAGUGGUUGAAGAGCAAGCCCAGGUACCUGAACAAGACGUCGGUCCGCCCCGGACUGAAGAACUGCGGAGACGUGAACUGCAUCGGGAGAAUACACACCUACCUGGAGCUCAUCGGAGCCAUCAACUUCGGCUGCGAGCAAGCGGUCUAUAAUCGCCCGAGGGUGGUGGACCGCUCCAAGCACAAGGAGGGCAGAGAUGUGAUUGAGGCCUACCAGCUCGCCCAGAGACUGCAGAGCAUGCGGACCAGGAAGCGCCGUGUGAGGGACACAUGGGGGAACUGGUGCGACUCUAAAGAUUUGGAGGGACAGACGUAUGAGCAUCUCAGUGCUGAGGAACUCGCUCUGAGGAGAGAAGAGAUGAAGAGGCAGCCUAAACCCUGCAAGAUCUCAAGGCUCAGAGGGUCUAUUGAUCCGUUCCAGUUGAUUCCCUGCAGGUUUUUUGGAGAAGAAGUUCAGGAACCAUUCCAGGUGAUUGUGUGUGCAGAGACUCUUCUCAUAAUGGACAUGCAUGCCCAUGUGUCGCGGGGGGAAGUCAUCGGCCUGCUGGGAGGAACCUUCAAUGAGGAAGAGAGAGUACUAAAGAUCUGUGCAGCAGAGCCGUGCAACAGUGUGAGCACGGGUCUGCAGUGCGAGAUGGACCCGGUGUCUCAGACUCAGGCCUGUGACGUGCUGGCGUCGCUGGGCUUCAGUGUGGUGGGCUGGUACCACUCACACCCGACCUUCCACCCAAACCCUUCAGUCCGGGACAUAACAACGCAGGACCAGUUCCAGAGUUACUUCUCUCGUGGUGGAGCCCCGUUCAUCGGGAUGAUAGUGAGUCCGUACGACCCGGCCAACCCCUCCCCCCACUCCCAGACGACCUGCCUGUUGGUGAGAGAGAGCCAGGAGCCUUCAGGCCCACAGAAGCUGCCCUACAGAUUCGACUUCCUGUCUUCACAAGACAUUCCAGACUGGGAACAGACUUUGAGGAGAGCUCAGUGGAUCAUCCACAAAUACUGUCAAACACCCGGGAGUGUGCAGAUGGACAGAUUUUUCCGGAGAGACUCCCAUCUCAGCUGUCUGGAGAAGAUGCUGUCGUCUCUGGCCAGGUACCUGGAGCCCCUGCCAGAUGAGGAGGGAGACCCCUUCCUCACCCAGAUCCAGGCCCUCUUCCAGUCCGACUUUAUCUCCCAGCAGCAACCGUCUGACCAAGAAGAGGAAGAGUCUUGUGAUGCCUCACACAGACCAGUGGACUCGGAUGACUUUGCUUUUGAUCAGCUGUUCGGUGAGGAGAAGCCUCAGGAGGAAGGAAGAGGAAGCGGCUCUGAUCUGGACUUUGGCAGAGCUUCAGACACAAAUGUUGAAAUCACAGACACAAACUCUGAGACAAACGGCAGCACAGUUUUACAUCUGGGCUCCGUGCUGUCGUCUGAACACGACUAUUUACUGUGAUGGACAAUAUAUCUCACCGUACCUGUGCUUAAAACAAUAUUUAACACAGUAAAAACUUUACCGUAAGCUUUUAUAUCAGUAUUACCAACUUACUUAUUUAGUUUUAUUUUUUAUUUUUUAUUUUUUGUUAAGCGCUUUUAACCAAAAACUAGAAAGAGAGAUGUAUGUGUGUUAUUGGGGGGGGGAAAUUAUUUCACUUUCUCAGUUCUGCAAGUUUCUUUUAAACAGGAAAAUAAACAUAGAUUUAUAUAUUUUGGCCUCUUGUUUUACAUUAUGUUUGUGUAAUAGUUUGAUAGGCCAUCGUUUUACAAAACACUGUCUGAAUUUAAGGUCGCACGUUUGUCUCUUCCAUAUGAGGAAAUGCCAAAAGGAAGUUGCCGUUCCUUUCCCAGGAAGGACAAUGCUGUUCUUCUUUGACAAUAAAUAUAUUUUUUUAAUUGUCAACCUGGAUUCAUAAUUAUUAGGUCGACCCUUGUGCCACACUAGGGACAUUUUUGGCUUUUUCAUUUUUGAACUGUUCGAUCAUUC